AUGUGGAUGGUUGAACAUGGCCGAGUGUACAAAGAUGACGAAGAGAGGGCGGUGCAGUUUGCCGCGUUCAGAAAGAAGUGGUUGGAAAUCGAAGCUUUCAACUCAAGACCGGACCGCGGCUACAAACUUGGCAUCAACCAGUUUUCAGAUUGCGAGCUUAAUCCUUCAUCAUGUUACAUGAUGGAAACAAGGUCGAAUAAAAAUUCAAGGUAUAGUAAUGUACCGCCGAGGAAUGAUAUCUCAGAUAGUUGGGACUGGAGUGGUCAAGGUGCGGUGACUCCUGUGAAGAACCAAUUGAAUUGUGUUGCGAAACCGGAGGCCGGCCAGACAGGGCCUACCAAUUCGUCAUUGAUAACAAGGGAACCGAGGACGAUUACCCGUCGCCACAAUCCCACAUGUAAUCGGACCAAAUGGAGCGUUCAGAUAACGAGUUACGUGACGGUCAAACCAAAUGACAAGGAAGCCUUGCGGCAGGCGGUGGUUGAUCAGCCGAUCACAGUCGCGGUGGACGCCUCUAGUUGUGGGUUCAAAGACUAUUGCGGCGGUGUGUACUCCGAGGAAGAUUGCAAGACAAAACUGAGUCAUGCUAUCACUGUGGUCGGCUAUGGUGUGACUGACGAAGGGACAAAAUUUUGGAUCCUGAAAAACUCGUGGGGAACGAAAUGGGGAGAUGACAAGUACAUGAGGUUGAAACGGGACAUGCCUCAAAAGGAAGGGCUAUGUGGUAUAGCAAUGGACACCUCUUACCCUGUUAUAGACAAUUACUACUAG